UUCCCAAAGUAUAAGUAUUAUCGUUAUUUAAUUUUUUGUAGGUAUUCUGUUAUUUCUGUUCCUUCUUUGAAGUAAAAGUUGUGUUAGGUGUACAGUAACAUUAUCGAAAUGUUUAGUGGAGUGAAAAAUACGUAAUUUUAUUAUUAUGGAGUCUAGAUCAAUUACCGAACUUCAGCCCUCAGCGACAACUCAUAACCCUGUCUCCGAAAUCGUGAAAGAAAUUGAUAUUGAUAAUGAAGCUGACUGUCCAACAACCUCAGGCCUGCAGGAUAGCAAUUGUAAUGAUUAUGUUUACGGCAUGCAAGUCAACCAAAGCGUUAUUCAUAGUGCCGAAAUUAGUAACACCAGUAACUCGGUUGAGUCAAUAAAUUCUAAAUUAUCAGGUUUAUCAUACGCAUCACUUGGGACAGAAAAAUUGGUAGAAAAUUUUAGUCCCUUCAAAGUCACAGAGACACCAGAUGUAUAUGAUUAUGAUCAUGCAAAAAGAAGAAAAGUUGAUCUGUAUGGCCCAGAUGUUGGGCCAAAAAUAUACAAUGUUAAAGGAAACCUAGUGACUCCACCGAUUAUUGCAAAGAUCCUUCCAGAUAUAUUUAAUGUUCUUCCAAUUUUUGGUCGGCCUUGGCCUAAAGAAGAUAUUGAGGACUUUUAUUCACGAAAAAUAAGGGAAUUUGUUGGCUGUGAUCUGAAUGAUGAACAGUUUGAAAAUCUUGCCAAUGAUUGCAGUCCUGAUUUGCUAAGGACUGGCAGUGAGCUAAGAAUGCCAACCUCAGUGCCCACGCUAUCAGUGUUCUCCGAGGAGGAAAACAGAGACUACAACGCGCAACACAGCAGCCUGUGCAUUGUGAGGAAGCAUCGGUUACGUAUGGCCAGCGACUCUAAUGCCAGUUACCAGAAAAAGCUGAAGUAUAGGGGCACACGGCUCAUGCCACUUGCACAGACUGAAGAUGGAGAGGAUGCGCCUGAACCAGACCUAGAACCCGGCAGAGAUAUAAUCUAUGUUGUGCGGAUAUAUAGACCCUUCCCAUAUAAUAUUAAGGAGAAACAUAUGUGCAGCCGGCACUCGGUGUUCAGCCGCGGCAUAGUGCUGGCGGGGCGCCAGCCGCUGUCGGCGCUGCGCGACCGCGUGGUGUGCGCCAACGACGUCGGCGUGCGCGUCGACGUGUCCGCCGCGCCGCACCAGCAGCCGGUCGCUGCAGCCAAGGAGCUGUUCCCCUCCGGGUUCCUGUUCAUCAACAACGUGUUCUACGUGGACGGGCGCGCGGGCUGCGCGGACCGCAGCGCCGGCCUGCGCGCGUGGGCGAGGGCGAGAGGCCUAGGGGACUUUCCAACAAAGGACCUGCACUCUACCAAACUAGACGAUCUGAUUGUGCGACUGGGACAUCCCGAGGUCUACGUCCACCAAGGCAACUGCGAACAUCUCUUCACCUUCUCAGAGAUACGUCUGCUCAACCCCAAUGACCCGCUCUCAAUCAAGCAGUACCCAGUCUACACCGCUGUCUCACAAAACCAGACCGUCUACUGCACAACUUGUGCUGAGUUCGGAGCCAAAUGGAUUGUAACAAACUGCUCCACUGUCCCCUUUGACCCGGCUUACUUCUGUGAUACAUGCUUUAGAUUAUUUUUAUAUAAGGAUGGGAAGAAAAUUGGAGAUUUCAAGGCGUUUUCAUAUAGAGGCAAUGAAAUUAAUAUGCUGAAGCCUUCAGGAUGACGAACGCUCGAGUCCAUAUACAGUAUGGAUUUCAAACAGGGUUAGCAAUUCCAUUGUGUGUUGUAUUGUAGGACUUGUAGGGUUUCGCAGUACUGUGAUCAAGGGUAUAAAGUACAAGUGUACACUUUUACAGUACUGAAGUGAUAUUCUGUAACAUAGGCCAAAUAGAGGGAUUAUGUUUUUAAAGCAGAUUUCUUAAAUUUAAAGUCUGUUAAACUUUUAAUCCAUGAGAUUAUUGAAAUUAAUACUGGAUUAACGGGUUGAGGACUGCUGACGUUACAUUUAUCGGUAUUGGUAGUAUAAUCCACAAAUUGUGUAGUCUAGAUUAGUGGGUGUCUACACUGGUAUUGGCAUGAUCCUAAAAUGUAUGAUGUUCAUAAAAGCCCCUUUUUUUCUGAAAAAUGUCCUUUUUAUACCUCUUCAAUUUUUGUUGUAAUAUCCAGCAAUAAGAGUAAGAAAAUUUGCAAUGUGAUAAAUAUUCCUUUAGUCCCUUUGUGUAAGCAGGCUUGUUCUAUAAUUGGUUUUGUCAGUAGAUUUAGAUACUAUAAUUGUAAGUACCUAAUCCCAAAAGAG